AUGCUUCCCAACAGAAAAAACCAAUCCAACUGUUUAUCUCGAUGGUGGAAUCAAAACUACCAUCAUCAAAAACGUCUCGAAUCAUUUCUUGAACAUGCACUUUUUCAUCUUUUUAUCAUCAUACUAGUCGUUGCAGAAUGUGCAUCUGUUAUAACCGAAAUUCUUCUUUAUAGUGUUAAACGUCAGUAUGAAUGUCACAAUCCUCAGUAUUCUUAUUCAAGGGCUGAUAUAGAGAAGAAAACGCAUCAUCUUGACCAUGGAAUUGAAAUAUGUCACUAUGUGUCAUUGAGCAUCUUAUCGAUAUUUAUGAUCGAAUUGCUUUCAAAAAUAUAUGCACUCGGUUUUCAUUACUGGAAUUGCAAAGAAAAUCAUAAAUUAGAUUAUUUUGAUGCAUUUUUGGCAGUUGUUUCAUUUUCAACAGAAGUUUAUUUUCUGAUUGUUGACAAAGAAUCUAUUAUUGCGCACUCAGCUGCUCUUAUUGUGAUACUUCGUUUGUGGCAUCUUUUAAGAAUUGCUAACGCUGUAGCGCGAUGUCUUCAGAAAGGUGAAGAAUUUAAAACAAUUCGUCGACAACGUCGUUUGUCAAAAACUUCGGAGACCUUACUCAUUCCGUCAAGUAUUCAAGCAAUACUUGAUUUAAUGCAAGAAAAAACUGAAUGUUUACGACGUGAUAUUAGUGUGGAACAAUCGUUAGUAGAUCGUUGUGAGUUUAUUGAUCAAAAAUGUCAAGAUGCUUUUGACAAUUAUUAUGGUGAUGAGACAAAACUUGUUGAAGAAAUUCAAAAGCUCCAUCUGAUUACUAGACGAACACAAUUAAAACAAACAAACGAAACCAACAUUUGA